AUGAAGAAAACAUUUGAUUUAUUACUUUGGAUUAUUUAUUGGAAAAUAUUCAUUGUCUAUGCAUUGUCGGAUCAAAAAUUUUAUAGACCAUCGAUUGAUGAAUUAAAUGAUCCUAGUAUUUAUCCACAAAGAUCAGUAUACGGAAUCAAAGCAAUUCAACCAGAUGAUUGGAAAAUAGAAGACUUUACAGGCAAUGGAGUUGGAGGAGUUGUAAUAAAUUUAGUUUGGGCAGCAUAUCAACCUGAAGAAAAACGUGCACCAUGCUCAAGCAAUGAAGUCGAUUAUGAUGGAUAUUGUUUUAUACCAGCUGAUGAAGCAGCAAUUAAACUUUAUACAAGCCAACAGUUUAUGGUCACUGGUAUACUUCUUGUACCACCAUUCUGGGCUCGUAAAAGUAAUACAAAUUGUCGGCAAGCAAAUCAAAAUUUUUGUGCACCUGAUAAUCCAAUUGCAUUUGGUCGUUUUGCUGGCUUUAUAGCUUGGUAUUUUAAUGGUCAAAAUAAUCAUGGACGUAUUACAGAAUUUGUUAUUAUGAAUGAAGUAAAUGCAGCUGAAUGGUAUAAUGUUGGUUGUAGAGAUGGAGUAGCAUGUGAAAUUGAUAAAUGGGUUACAAAUUAUGCACAAGUCUAUACAUCAGCUUAUGAUGCAAUACGUCAUGAACAAGUACAAGCACCAGUAUUAAUUUCAUUUGAACAUCAUUUUGAUUCAUCACUUGAUAAAUAUAUUAAUAAUUCAAGUCCUAUUAUAUCUGCACAUACAUUUCUAAGAAAAUUAGUUCCACAAUUAGAUAAUCGUCAAUGGGCUUUAGCAUAUCAUCCAUAUCCACCAAAUCUUCUUCGUGCAGAAUUUAGUCGAAAUGAUUGGCCAAAAAUAACAUUUGGAAAUAUCAAUCGACUUGUUGGAUGGCUUAUGCAAAAUUAUCCAAAUAAUCCAUCAGCACAUAAAAUAUAUUUAACUGAAAAUGGUAUUAAUUCUCUGUCACCAAAUUCUGAUCAAAAUAAACAAUAUGAUCAAUUAUGUGUUGCUUUUGAAAUUAUUUUAUCAACACCAAAUAUUGAUUUAUUUAUAUAUCAUCGUAUGAAAGAUCAUCCAGUUGAAACAAAAGAUGGUCUUGGCCUAGGUUUAGUUGAUACAUCUGGUCAAUAUAAACGUGCUUGGAGUUUAUGGGCAUUAACAAAUCGUUUUGAUAUUACAACAAAUAAAUUAUCAUGUGGAUUUGAAAAUCUACCAUAUGUUAUACUUAAACGAGGUAAACAUCCAAUUAGUGGUCAUUUUUCAACAACACGACCAUUACCAAGUGGUUAUAAAAUUGAACGUACAUGGAAAUUAUUUCGUGAAUAUCAACCAAAUACAAAACUUAUUUUUGAAUGCGCACGUACAAAUGAUAAGAGAAAUUUUCCUAGUGUUCAACAAAAUUGUGAAAAUCAAGACGCUUGGGGCCCGCUAGGUUAUAUUUAUAUAGAUCAGACAACAAAUCCAAAUGCUAUACCUAUUUAUCGUUGUCGAUCAGGUUCGAAUUAUUUUAUUUCACCAGAUUCAAAAUGUGAAAAUACAAUAAAUGAAGGUCUUCUAGGUUAUGCUUUAACCUAA